UCGGUCCACGCCUACGCGGCCGCGCGCUCGCCCCCGUCUCACCACUCGGCUGUGGAGGCUUUGCACGGCGGACGGAGACCUGUCCUCCCCACUUCAUCACACUUCCCCCAGUCCGUCAACCCCCCCCCCCCCCUUUUCUUUUCUUCCUUUUUAUCCCCUUCAAUGGCCGCCCGCAGUGGGAUUUGCCAUCAGCAGCGCAAUAGUUAACGAGUGCCGGAUGCGCCCUCGCUCCAGCAGACCGCUCCAGUACGAAGAUGGCGUCGGAGGGAGCCAGCGGAGAGCAGCCGCCGCCGGUGCAGACACUGGCAGCCGCCGUGCUGGGAAGUGUCGACACGAAAUGUGAGUUCAACAUGGAUAACCUGAGCAAGCCGGAGCUGCUCACCCUGCUGAGCAUCAUGGAGGGAGAGCUGGAGGCCCGAGACCUGGUCAUAGAGGCCCUGAGGGCUCAGAGGAAGGAGGUGUUCCUCCAGGAGCGAUACGGACACUACAGCCUGACCGACCCCUUCUUGGCACUUCAGCGGGACUUUGAAUGCGGCGUCCCCGGAGGAGCCGCAGAGCGGCGGCCCAUGGGCUCCAGCCCCAUCUCCGUCCUGGAGGCCGUCAUGGCGCACUGCAGGAAGAUGCAGGAGCGUAUGUCCGCCCAGCUGGCUGCCGCCGAGAGCCGCCAGAAGAGGCUGGAGAUGGAGAAACUUCAGCUCCAGAGUCUGGAGCAGGAACACCGCAAGCUGACAGCGCAGCUCAAAGACGAACGUGAGAAGAACAAGCACAUCGUCAUGAUGUUAGUGCGAGAGUGCAAGCAGCUCGCCACGCGGGUGGUAGAGGAGUCGCAGCGCUUUGACGACCUCCAGGCUCGCCUGGACGAGGAGAGUCGCACCUCUGGCCGGUUGCAGGAGGAGCUCAGCACCGAGCGGCAGCGUAGCCAGCAGAUGGAGGCCAAGAUGGAGAAACAGCUGUCGGAGUUCGACACCGAGCGGGAGCAGCUGCGUGCCAAGCUGGGCCGCGAGGAGGGUGAGAGCCAGAGCCUGCGGCAGCAGGUGGAGCAGCUCAGGACUGAACAGGGCGAAGCCCAGGAGGCUGCCGCCGCCCAACCUGCUGCUGCCACCAGCACACCACCCACACCUAAAGCUCUGACGUCGGUUUCUGUAGCCACGGAGCCCAUCAGCUCUCAAACAGCAUCUUGCCAAACGGACCUGCCCCCCACUGAGUUGGAAGGUUCCAGGAAGACCCCCCUCUCUAUACCAGUCAAACCAACCCCUGCCAACUAUGUGGGCCUGAGCCUGCCAAAGACGUCCGGCCGGGGUAUCGUCCACAGCAGCUCAGGAGGACUGACACAGACAGAGAAUGGCUCAGAGGGCCAAGUACCCCACGGCGUACCGAGCGGGGUCAGCCCCCGUGUCCAAGCGGCCCGCUACAAGUUCCAGGAACAGGACCAAAACGGCACGGCGUCCCAGAGUCCUCCAGCCCGUGACCUCUCCCCCACCAACCGUGACAACUUUGCAGCCAAGCAGCAAGCCCGUCACACAGUCACGCAGGUUCUCUCGCGCUUCACCAGCCCUCCAGUAGGAGGUGCUGGACCCCUGCGCCCAGGCCUGCCCCACUCCGCCUCAGAGGGAGGUCCUUUUCCCGGCCGCCUGAGCCACCCUAUCGGCCUCAAGUCGCCCACUGUGGCCAGGAUCGACCGGGGAAACCCCCCCCCCAUCCCUCCCAAAAAGCCAGGGCUUUCCCAGACCCCCUCUCCUCCUCAUCCGCCCAUCAAGGUGGUGGGGGACAGCAGCCGCUCCCCUGGGGCGGGCCUGAAACCGGCCACACCCCAGCUGCCGCCCAAACCCGCCCUGGACCUGGUCCCAGCCCUGACGGCCUCUCAGGUGGGUGCCUGCCCCCCCUCGCGCUCCCCGGGCCCUGGCCGGGGCCCGCAGCGGCAGCCGGCAGCAGCAUGUGCAGAGUGCCCCCCCGUCCUCAGCCCUGCCAUCACUGUCAGUAGCCCGUCCUCCAUAAACCCCCCCUCCACCCCCUCUUCCAUUAGUGCUCCAUCCUCCCGUAGCCCCUGUGCCUCAGCAGGCAGCCCCCUGGCAACAGCAUCAGGCUGGUGUCCCUCCGUAGUCUCCUCACUAAGUGGCGGUGGGCCUGCUGCCCUGGACGGCGGGCGCCCCCUGCUCCUCCAAGCUGCUUCCCAGGGAAAUGUCACUUUAUUGUCAAUGCUGCUUAACCAACCCGACCCGACCACCACUACCACCACCACCACUACUACUACAACCACCACCUCCACCAACAUCACCUCUACCACCACCGCCAUGGAGAACGAGCCCACUCAUCUUGACCAAGACCUCCACCACUACCACAACCACAACCAAACCUCUGCCUUGUUUGCUGCUGCUCAGAACGGACACACAGAGUGUGUGAAGCUGCUGCUGUUUUCGGGAUUGCCUGCUGAUGCUUCAGAUGAAAAUGGAUUCACGUCUUUACACUUUGCCGCCGCCCACGGCCACAGCAGCUGUGUGCAGGCGCUGCUGGCCGCAGGAGCUGCUGUGGAUGUGCCUGCGGCGGAGGGGGGGCAGACCCCCCUCUAUCUGGCCUGUGAGGCAGGACGACUGGACUGCGUCCGGGUCCUGCUGAGUGCCGGAGCCGAUCGCUCGUGCACCACCACGGACGGCUGCACUGCUCUCCAUGCGGCGGUGCGCUCCAGUCACGUGGACACGCUGCGCCUCCUGCUCCUCCACCGCCCGCCUCAGGGUGACCCCACUUUGACCUCUGACCCCUCUGGCAGCCUGGCACUGCCUGCCGCCCUGCUGAACCAGGCCAACAGUGACGGAUGGACGGCUGCACACAUGGCUGCUGCCCUGGGCCUCAAGGAGUGUCUGGAGGUGCUGUGCAGCCACAGUGAACAGGACAUCGAGAGGAGAGACAAGUGUAAUCGCACCAUUCAUGACGUGGCAACUGACGACUGCAAAGAUCUACUUGAAAACCUCCACUCGUACCGUGUCCUGGUGCGUCUCCAGUGUUCGGGUGGGGGAGGAGUGGGGGCCAUGUGUCCUGUGGAGGCCCUGGAGGAGGAGGCGAAGUGGGGCACCAGCAGCCCGUCUGUGCUGUGCCGAGUGUCGGUUGAGCGGUCGAUGCGCUGGGCCCAGCUGGGCUCCGCCCUCAGCCACGCCUUCACCUCCCACCUCCACGUCCUCUGUGGAGAUGGUCAGAUGGCCAGGGAGGAGGCGCAGGUGCAACGCCCCCUGCUGGGCCUCGGCCCCACCAGUAUUUCCUCCAUCCUAAUCGGAGACACCGAGUGGCUGCCUGGUGAGGAGCCGCCCUUAUCCCCCUGGGACCUGGUCAGGAAGCCUCUCAGCCAGUGCAUCACCAUCCGGCUCAAAGGUCUGUCGGAGUCGUGUCUCGAUGAGUUGGCCCUGGAAUCUCUCUUCCCUCUGCCGCUGCUGCACAACUACGUCCGCCUGGUGGAACAAUACGGCAACCUCAUCUUCCACGGGCUGGAGGGCAGCUGUCAGGAGUACGUCGCCGGGCUGGUCGCUCACUGCAUCAAGUCCAAGCAGGAGGCGGGGGGGCUCGGCUGUGACGUGGUGAGGGUGGAGGUGGAGGAAAGCCUGACCAAAGAGCAGCUGCUGGAGACCUUCAUCACCUGUGGUUUCCUUGUGCCGGCGGCGGGGGCUGGGGGUCUGUCCCGUGGUCGCUCUGGUCGCUGUGUGGUCGUGCUCCUGGAAGGGCUGGAGAAGGCGUCGUCCCUCACCGGCCUGCUGGGAGACCUCUGCCACAGCCUGGACAACAGGGGCUCCGCUUCACCGCUGGUCCUCAACACUGGUCCCCACCAUUUCUGUGAGGGCAGUUUCUUGAUCGCCACGCUGUCGAGGCCACGGCUGCAGGGCUCCGAGCUCCGCCUCCAGCAGCACUUCCGCUGGGUGACUCUUCGCUGGGACCAGGAGCCGAUGCACGGCCUGCUGGGGAGGCACCUCCGCAGGAAGCUGCUUCACAAGACGGGGGCCGGUGUUUGGACACCCGACGGCGUCAUGGAGCGGCUGGUGCUGUGGGUGAGCCAGGUGUGGCAGCAGCUCAAUGCCUGUCUGUCCCGCCUGGGGACCCACGAGGCUCUGCUUGGCCCGCAGCUCUUCCUGUCCUGCCCUGUGGUCCCAAACAACACACAGGCAGUCGUCAGGUGGCUGGCUCGGCUCUGGAACGCCGUGGUUGUCCCCCGCGUCGAAGAAGCCAUCAUCUCCCGGGUAACAGCCAAGCGCUCCUCCUCCACCAACUCGUCUCCCUCAUCGCAAUCGUUGCAGUGGUCGUCUCCUAGCAACUGUGGGUUGAGUGCCGGGCAGCAGGCGGUGGUGAAAGCCGCUCUCAGCAUCCUGGUCAACAAGGCCGUUCUCCUGGGCUGCCCUCUGCCACGACACGAAAUUGACAGGUACCUGCUGGAGUUUCGGGGCGGCACCAUCCCUCUGUCGGCCAUCGGCUCCUUUAAAGGAAGUGGCGGAGGGGGAGGAGGCAGGAAGGGACGGGACGGCAGCAAGUUGAGACGAUCCAACACCAGCCCGCGGAAGAAGGGAAGCCCCGCCUUAAACUGGAGCUGCGGCGGUUCCUUCAGAGAAGGGUCGCUGUCUAACACCGACGUCAGCUUCAUCACCAAUGGGAAAGUCCAGAGAGAGCCUGAAGGUCUGUCUGUGUUCUCUGACGACGAGACCGAUCUGAUCAGAGAGCUUCAGACCAUGUGCUCCAGCAAGUCCGAGCCAGACAUCAGCAAGAUCUCUCGGGCCAAAGACGACAUGAUCCUGUUCUCCAGCCCUCACGGUGAGGUGUCACCCCCCCACCGGGCCGAGCAGGAAACCACCAUCCAGCAGCGGCCGCAGACGACCGUCGCCCCUCCGUCCGGCCACAGCUCCGUCCAGGCACCCGUCCUGAGCGCCGACCGACGUUUGGGCCCCCGCGCCAAAUCGCAGCUCCCCGUCCCCAGCAGCAGGGGGCAGCAGGCUCGAGCGUCGGCCAGCAGCAAUAAUAACAGCAGCAGCCCCGUCCGAGUCCAGACGCCUCCCAGCCGCAGCAGAACCACCAACAGCAGCAGAACAAAGCAGGUUCCACCCAACAACAGCAGCAGCAGCAACAACAACUACUACCGCAACAACAUCAACGACAACCACCGAUCACACGAGGACAUCUGGAUCCUCCACAGAGACCUGCAUGAGAACAACAAGUAGAGACAACCCCCUUCUUCCUCCUCCUCCCCGUCUCCCACCCUCCAUGAUGUAAAGACUAGGUACCUGACGACCUUUGACUUUUAGUAUUCGUACUUGUUAGCCGUACUUGUUACACUGUACUACAGUUGUGUACUUGGGGACCAUAGGUUUAUUCUAUUACAGUAUUUGAAGUAUUUGAUCGUUCAAGGGUUUGGUAAGAAUUUACGUGGGGGGGUCAAAAAAAAAAAUCGAAGGUAAUGCAGCAGGUUACUUUACCGUCGCCUUAUUCCAGUGUAUCAGCCUGCAUAUUAUUGGACAGUAUAAGAACUUACUGAACGAGUUGAGGUAUAACGUAUUUGACUGGUUGGUAUACUGUACUUCUCCUCUGGUAUAAAGCCAUUGAAGAGUAACUGAAAGUACUUACAGGCGUUACUUUGAAAUGAAGUGUUUUUUGGAUCAAAGAAAGAAACAAACAGGUUUUUAUUUUUCUUUCUUUCAUUGUUUUUUUUUGCUAUUAAGUAUUUUGAGAUAUUCAAGUGUUCUAUCUUUAAAUAGUUGCAAGGUUGGUUUAAAUACUGUCGAAAUGAAUCAGGGUUUUACCAAAUAUAUUUGUAAAUAAGAAUUAGUACGUUGAAAUGCUCUAUAGAUUGGUGUACGUGGUAUGAUGCUUGUACAGUGACAAAACCUUAAAGUAAAACUGCUGGAGAAAAAAACAAAGAAACUUGUACAUAGUGUUUGUAAAAUGAGUUUAGUUCUGAACCCGUCACUUGUUUCAAAGUGACGGGGAUGUGGCAAUAAGUAAUAGACGUGUAUAAACACAGGAUGUCCUCUUGUCAACUGUAAGCCAUAAUAAAUAUUUUAAAUGCCCAUCAUUUCCCCCCCGAGUCACAUUCAAUUUAACCCCAGCUGAGCCCGACAGUGUUGUUCACUCCGCUCUGCCUUCCAUCAUCACUGUGUUCCUCGUCUGUUUUUAUUUUUAGAGACAAAUUUAUUUUAAGCGGACAUUGUUUAUAUGAAUAUAAAUAUCUAUACAUAUGUACAGGAGAGAUUUUAGUCCACCUAUCAUUUGGAUGUGUAUGACAGCUGUUUGAGGUUUAAAGAAUUGUCUUUCAAGCACAAACAUUAAAAAAAGGCACUGUUUAAAAUCCC